AGCUGUGAAGCAGCAGCCGGAGAGCGACAGACUGUGGGCUAAGUUUGUCCGCCCUGGCUUCCCAUCACAGGUCGAAGGGGGCUUUGUUUCAUUCAUGAGCAACAACCGACGGUUUCGCUUUGAAUUCACAGGCGUUAGAAACCGUCAAACAGUUUAGGGUUGUUUGUGGAAAUAGAAAAAGCUAAAGAGGAAAGGAGGGAGAGAGAGAGAGAGAGAGAGAGAGAGAGAGAGAGAGAGAGAGGAGGGGAAAGGAAAGUGCGACUCAGCAGUGGACGACUCCAAAGUUGACACCUCGCUGUCAUGUUUGGUACUUGUUGAAUACACAACACUGGAUAACUGAGCCUGUGUGGGCAGCGCACUGUGGGUGAACAGGGUCUUCAGUAUCACCAUGAAGCAGUGACAGCACAGGGACAGUGAUGGCAGAGCUGGAGAUUGACCAGUCCAACCUUCCACGUGUCCAGGAAGUGUGCCAGUGUUUUGCUGUGCUGGAGGAUGGAGCGUUGGCACACCACCUGCAGGAGCAGGAGAUUGAGCAAUACUAUACCACCAACAUCCAGAAGAACCAGCUAGUGCAGAAUGACAUCCGCGUAGCCAAGAAGCUGCAGGAUGAAGAGGAGGAGGAGCAGGCCCAGAAAAGUGCCCUCCUCAGACAGGUGUCCAGACAACUGGAGGAGCAGGACUUUGAGUUUGCCCGUGUGAUUCAGGAGGAGAUCCAGCGGUGUGCUGAAGAAGCCCAGAGGAGGGAGCAGGAUGAUGAGGAAAUUGCUAAACAAAUGCAGGAAGAAGAAGAACAGAGGACCAGAAGGAGGAGCAGAGGCCAGGAGACCCAUAGUGAAGGCAGCGCUAGCAAUCCUGCUCCGCCAUCCCCAAACCAGAACACAUGCAGCAGCCUUGACCAAGGAGAGGAGCAGUACUCAUCUACCACCACCAGGUGGCAAUGUUCCACCUCUCACAACCAUUCACACUUAACCGGGCCUCAGGCUGUCUGCCCCAGAGGGGUUGCAGCUCAGAAAAACACAAGAUCAUGGUCAAAUGAAGGACACACAUAUUCCAUUAGGCAAAUCAGGAGUGAAUUAACUGAGUCUUUUAGUGAGGAUUCAGAGGACUCGGACACAUUUUUCUCUGAACAGCUCUCUCACAGGUCUCAGAGACUGAAUGAAAGACACAAUACGGCACCUCCCCGACGAAGAGCAUCUUUACAUCAGCCGCGAGAGAGAAACUACAGAAGUCUUAGCACUAAUAGCAGGUUCACAGAUGAGCAUCAAGGCAGGGAGGAGGAAAUAGGAGAGAGGGAUGAGGACUAUUAUGAAAUUGAUCACCUAGAGAAGAGGAGGCCUAGGGAUCGGAAGCAGGAAAGGAACCAUAGAGGGGAGAAUGAGGGUUGGCGCAGGAGCAGCGAUCACGAUAGAGACUUUAGGUUAGUAGAGGGUAGAGAAAGGCGAUGUAGUCGCAGUGAAUCUGUCAGGCUACCUGUCAGGAGUAGUACCUGGACCUACAAGGACAACCCGGACAAACAUGUUCGCUUUCAGGAUGACACCAGGAGGUCUAACGGGCACCAGGAUGAAAGCAGCCGAGUCUGGGAGAUGCUAGGCCAGGUCCUCAGAGAGAGAGGUGUGCCUGUGAGGUUUGGUGGCAAUGAGGCACCACUGCAAAUAAGACCUCAAAGCAGAGACAGCCAAGUGCUUCAUGGGAGUGAGGUCUCCUGUGGCGACUCCCAACCACAUCAGAGAGUCUUCCAGAGAGCUGCCACCACCAGGCACAGUUUCCAUGGAGAUAUCAGGGAGAGGAGGAGAUUGUCAUACCGAGAGAACUGUGUGAGAGAUCACAGAGUAGACCGAGACAGGCACCGAGACGAUACGGAGCAUGAGGGAGCGGUUCAUGAGAUUAGUAGUAGAGACUCAUAUUUGAUUAACAGGGAGAGGGGAGGCAGUAGAAGGUGGAAGGAGCACCGGCACACUAAUGGUGACGAGGGGGAGAGGAAUGCAAAUGAUUGCAGGGUCAAGAGGACAACUAGCGAACGCAGGCAUUGGCACAGGACCAUAGAGGAAAGGUUAAGCUCAGAGGAGGAGCAGGAGGUGGCGAGGAGAGUAGAACGGCCCCAUCGCAGAGCCUCACAGCGUAGCCAAAGCCUCAGCAGCAGCGGGGCUUCAACCAGGGAUAGGUCAAAGCACAUGGCAGCAGGGGUGUCACCUCAACCCCAGCCGGGCGAGGCAAGCCUGCACCUGGGAGAGCUACAGCAGGUCUUAGAGGAUGAAGAACUGGCCCGCAAGCUGCAGGAGGAGGAGGAAAAGGUGUUGAGGAGGAACUCUCAGCCCUCUCCACGUAGCUCUUACCCCAAUGGAGACUUCAGAGUAGCACAAGUGGCGCAGGAUGAGGAAAUUGCACGUUUUAUGCAGAAGCAAGAAAUCAAGUCAAAACGAAGAUCUCGUGAGUUGGAAGGGCCAGCCUCAUGGCGCGAGCACAGAGCGAUGAUCAAUCAUCAUGACAGAAGAGUGGCAAGAGAGAGACAGGUCCAACGAGAGCGACUUGACUCAGAGGGCCUUCCUUCCCCCACUGAGGACUGUUCCCCGGAGAAUCAGCCACCCAGCCCCACCUCCACAAUACUACAAUCCCAGCAGAUCAGGAACAUUGCAGAGGAGCUGGACCCGACCUUCCAGGCCAGGAGGCAGGGCACAGAAAACCUUCAAGUGGAACAAACAGGUCUAACCUGUCAGUCACUUCCCAUGUCGCAUUCUGGGUUACAUGACUUCUUCGAAGAGCCUACUUUCAUACCGCCCACAAAGCGCCAAACGGACAAAGUGGGACGCACCAAACCCAAAGAAAAGAAGGAAAAUUGCAAGCAACAAUAAUCUUCAACACUGUGUCCUGCUGGAGUGCAGACAUACACAUUUUAUAACACUAAAUAUCAGUUCAGCUACAGUCCUCAUAACUUAGUACUUAUAGGUUGAAAAUGACAAGAAUUAACGUCUUUCUACCAGUCGCCUCUACUAGCACUUUAGACCAGUGGAACAAGAGAAAACAUUUAGAGAAGUUGCAUUUUAGAGUACUUGUCCAUCAGGUAAAUAAUGACAACACUUUGGACUGAUGCCUUUAUUAUUUUCAAAGGGAAUUCUGCGGUUUAUUGAAGUAUUGUUUGAAUUCUUCAGUGUUGAUGAGUGUUUAAUUUAAGCGGUAUACCUUUUUUUAUUAUAUUUGUAACAUUUAUCUGUCUGUAUUUAGUUAAGUUUACUGUCAGCAUCCAAAAUGUCAUGUUAUUUGUUUAAAAACCUGCCAGAAUUUCUGCACACCUGGAGUUUUUCUUUACAAAUUCUGCUUAAAAACUUGAUCUACAACAAAAAACACUAAAAGAACAUAACCAAGAUAACCAUUAGACACUGUCAUAGUAUCAGUACUCCAUAGUAUCAGUACAGCAUUGUCUAAAUGCGGAAUAACAUUAUGUUGCUUUUUUUUGGUAUGUACUCUGAAUUGUACUCAUACACUGCUGAGGUUGAGGGAGAUCAAUUCUAGUCAUGUGUUUUCUUGUAGACAGACUUUUAUGAAGCUGGGAAAGCUGCACUCAUGAAAAUCAUUUUGGCAAGAGUGUUAGGUGUUUUUUUUUUAUGUAGGCUACUUGACUUGUCAUCCACAGUUGUCACGAACCCUUAUUGAAACAAUGAGAUUUCACAAGCGCUUGUGAUAAACCUUGAACCCGAGUGACGUAUUUCAGUCAAGUUGCAUCCUCAGUGUCUGCCAACUUUGUUUCAAAGUUUGGUGGGACUACAGUCAUGUUUACAAUGGUACAAUGACAAUCAAAUUAACUUAUUUAAACUACCAGGAAAUGAACAUCACAUUUGUUGCUAAACUAAUUACAACAGUCAUUAUAUCUUAAUUAAUAUAUAAUCAACUUGGUGACAAUACAUUAUAUGAAACAAAGGUCCACUUACUAGCUUUGAACCGCAACUAAAGGUCAUUCACACGCAACACCAAAGUACAUUUUGGAACAAGUCAUGUCUAGUUAAGUCACAUGAUGGCAUCUGAUUCAUCUCCUUUCGCUGAGUGAAGACUAGUAAGUGGACCUUUUAAGUUUUGAUUAUUUUGUUACACACUAUUCAACUCUGUUCUUGUAUAUUUUGCUAGCUAGGUUUUCAUCAGUCCAGAGCCAAUUAUGAAAACCAGAUAACAUUAAUAAUACAGAACCUUUGCUCUAACUACAGGGGUUUCAUUAGAUUUUUACAGGCAUGUAACCAUUCAGUGGUUUCUGUUUUUAUGUAUGUUUAUUUUACUUCCAGGUUUAAAACCCUCCUUUUGUUGCGGUUGUUUUGUUUUUGUUUUUUACAAAUGUAAUAUGCCACUUUUUAGGUGGAUCACUAUGAAUGCAACUGUUCUGUAAAAAAGUGCUACAAAUAAAAAUAAAACAUUUUUAAUUGGCU